AUGCGGCUCCUUCGACGUAGUAGGGAUGGCAAACUCGAGUUCACCAAGGAUCUUCCCGAGGACGCACGUCCUAAAUAUGCCAUACUAUCGCAUACAUGGCUACGCGACGAUGAUCAAGAGCUCACUUUCAAAGAUGUUUUGUUAGGUGUUGCAGAAAAGAAGCCCGCUGGCUACGCCAAAAUCCGCUUCUGUGAGGAACAAGCCGCGCGCGACGGUCUUGAGCACUUUUGGGUGGACACAUGCUGCAUCAACAAACACAACGCCGUGGAGCUCCAGGAGGCUAUCAACUCGUUUUUCACAUGGUAUCGCAACGCUACCAAAUCAUACGCAUAUCUGACGGACGUACACACAUGUGCGGCUGGAGAGGACCACGGUCAAAGCAAGUCCUCAACCUUUGAGUUUGAGUUCCGCAAUAGCAACUGGUUUAAACGAGGAUGGACGCUCCAAGAACUCCUUGCCCCAAAAUCCGUAGAUUUCUUUUCCGCCGACGGCGAGAAACUGGGUGAUAGAGAUUCCCUUGAAGAUCUCAUUUUUGAGGCAACCGAUAUACCCCGUGAUGCCCUCCAAGGAGCGCCUCUAGAAAGCCUCAGUAUCGAAGAGCGACUAUCAUGGACGAAGAACCGUGUAACAAAACGCAAGGAAGACAGGGCAUAUUGCCUGUUCGGUAUAUUCAACGUGUUCAUGCCCACUAUUUACGGGGAAGGAGAUCACGCAAUGACUCGAUUACAACGUGAGAUCAACACGACUGACGAUGUCGAGAUGGAUCGUCUUCUGUCCACGCUACCGACCGUCUCCGAUGCAGCCUUCAAUUCACGCAAUACAGAGCAUGAAGCAACAUGUCUUCCGAACACGAGAGUGGAACUCAUCCGCGAAAUCGAGCAAUGGGCUCAGAGCCCUGAGGAGACUUGCGUUUUCUGGCUGAAAGGGCUAGCAGGCACCGGUAAAUCUACUGUCGCUCGCACGGUCGCGCGUGACUUUUCCGAUCGGGGAAAUUUGGGUGCAACCUUCUUCUUCUCCGAAGGAGGUGGAGAUCGCAGGAAUGCGGACAAGUUCAUGACAACGCUUGCAUGGCAACUUGCGAACAACAUACCUUCCGCAAAACGCUACGUUUGCGAAGCCAUUAAGGAACAGACCGAUAUCGUGAACGCCUCACUCCGCGAUCAAUGGGCUCACCUGGUACUUGGCCCGCUGUCAAAGCUCGACAUCGGCUCGUCUCCCUCUCCGAUAAUACUCAUAGUAGACGCGCUAGACGAAUGUGCAGAGGAACGAGAUAUACGGGUUAUCUUGAGAGUCUUAGCGACCGCCAGCAGCUUGACGAAGAUUCGACUACGAGUUCUUGUCACAAGCAGACCAGAGACUCCGAUCCACCUAGGCUUUGACCACAUCCCGGAUGCAGAGCAGCAGGUAUACGCCCUCCAUGAGAUACCAGAAGAUCUGGUUAACCGCGAUCUGAUGCUCUUCUUUGAGGAAAACUUCACGCACAUCCGUAAAGAACGUGGCUUGUCUUUUGACUGGCCUGCCAGGAAGACUAUCGAACGCCUGGUAGAGAUCUCGUAUGGGCUUUUCAUCUGGGCUUCUACAGCUUGUCGCUAUAUUCGCGCCGCCAGGAUUCUUACGCUAGUGAAGAAACGCAUAUCGAAGCUCAUACAUGGCGAUCGAGGCGGGCUAGGACCUGAGCAGCAACUGGACCAGAUAUACACCACUGUCCUCCGAGAUGCCGUCCCCGAGGACUGUGAUGACGACGAAAAACAGGAGUUCUGCGAGGAAUUGAGGGAAGUACUUGGAAGUGUGGUGCUGCUGUUCUUCCCACUCCCAAUGAACUCGCUAGCGGCCUUGCUAGAAGUACCUUUCUUGCAGGUCCAAGAGACGCUGCACGAUCUGCGUUCCAUUUUCUACAUUCCAAACGACAUAUCAUCUCCGAUUCGUCUACAUCAUCCUACGUUUCGCGACUUCCUUCUAGAUGAAAGUCGCUGCAGUGAUACCAAUUUCCUCGUCAACGAAAAAGAAACGCAUCAAGCUCUAGCUCACAGCUGCAUCAAUGUCAUGUCGAAGAUGCUUAAGAGAGAUAUAUGCAACCUAGAAUCACCAGGUACUCUUGUCAAAGACGUUGAUCCCGACCGGAUACGGGCUUGCAUACCCCCUGAACUCCAAUAUGCGUGUCUCUACUGGGUGCAACACUGCAAAGAGAGCGGCGCGCAUCUUACUGAUGACGACGUUUUUCACGAGUUCCUUCAAACCCACUUCCUUCAUUGGCUUGAAGUCAUCUGUCUACUCGGGAAAAGCCAUGAGAUGAGCGCAAUCAUCAGAUUGUACCAUUCGCUGCUCGUCGCUGCCCACAACAAGCGUCAGGGACCUUUUGUCAAGAGUGCAAGGCAGUUCUUCCUCGCCUACGAGUCAGUCAACGAACAAGCACCACUUCAGAUCUAUUGCGCUGCUCUUUUGUUCAUUCCCUCUACGAACGAACUUAAGAAGCAUUUUCGAACGCUAUUGCAUCCUUGCGUUCGAGAGUUCAGAAUUGCCGAAGCUGCAAUCCCCCCAGCCAAAGAUGAAUUCAACUACGUCAAUGACCUUGCGUUUACUCCUGACGGUAAACAAAUCGCGUCCGGAUCUAACGUAGCAAUGGCCAGACUUUGGAACGUUGCAACAGGAGCGACAAUAAGUACAUUUGAGGGUUCAUUCACAGACAAGAUCAGCUCUAUUGCUAUAUCUGCAGAUGGCAAACUUCUUGCAGGUGGCUCAGACGACUUCCGGGUAGUAGUGUGGAACCUCCAAACGAGAGAAGUUCGGUACGCGCUGGAGGAACAUACAGGCUGGAUCAACUCUGUGGUGUUCUCACCAGACGGGAAAGUGCUGGCAUCCGGAUCGAUGGACGCAAACCUGAUCCUAACGGACGCGGCUACAGGCAAAGAACUUAGGCGCAUCAACAACCAAGGCGCCAACAUCAAUUCGGCUACUUUCGCACCUAACGGUUCGCUCAUAGCCAUAGGCUCUGUAGACCGAAUGGUACGCUUGUGGGACAUCUCACGCAAGACGAGCGAUAUGCGCGCGGUGUUGGACGGACAUUCCGGCGCUGUCAACUCGGUCCGCUUCUCGCCCACUGCGCCCCGGCUCAUCUCGUCAUCAGACGACAUGACAGUCAAGCUGUGGGAUACAGUCAAAGAAGUGGAGAUCAAGACAUUUAGAGGACACACGCGAAGAGUAAUGGCCCUCAUGUACUCUCGAGACAGCCUUUUCUUUGUUUCUGGUUCUGAAGAUAAGACUGUGCGGGUUUGGGAUCCAAACAGCGGGGCAACCCUUCACACCAUAGACCAUGCAAGCGGAAUCAACGCUCUCACGUUCUCUCCCGACGGUCAGCUUCUCGCUGCCGGUACGUUUGACGAUGAAGUUCGGCUUUGGGAUACAAGAACUUGGACGCUACGUGAGAAAUUGGACGACUUCGAACAUGGCGUUCCCGAUGAGAUGGUGGACAGCGUGCAUAUAGACGAACUUAACGUAACCGAGGAAGAUUCCAAGGGGCACUCAAGCACAGUCAACUGCUUACUCUUCUCACCCGACGGCCGAACAAUGGCUUCAGGUUCUGAAGAUGCCACCAUCAGGAUUUGGCCCAACGGCGCCGAGGGCUCUCGGAAACUCAAAGGCCACUCCAAAGGAAUAGCCUGUCUUGCAUUUUCACCCAAUUCUCGGCUGCUUGCCUCUGCAUCCUCCGACCACACUGUAAUACUGUGGGAUGUCGACUUGCAGGAAGCUCUAUACACUUUCAACGGCGACGAAAGCGCCAUAUCGAACAUACGGUUCUCACCAGAUAGUCGACUACUAGCCUCGUGCUCCGCCAAUGGGCGAACUACAGUCUGGGACACAGCAAGAGGAACAAUAGUGGGCAUGCUCGAAGCUCACACACUGUCAUGCAACGACAUUGCCUUCUCACCGGAUAGCAAAAUUCUCGCGUCAUGCUCGACAGAUGGAACGGUGGCGCUAUGGAACGUCGUGAUAGCCUUUUCGUUCAACGGCGCACUCGUUGCGUCGUCCUCAGAAGACGCAACUAUCAGGCUCUGGAACAGAGACGGAUCAUCAAACGGCACGAUACCGGGCUGUACCCAUCAAGCCAAAUCGGUCGCAUUUGCGCCGGAUGAUCGAUGGCUUGUGUCUUGCUCGGCUGACGGAACCCUGUGGCUCUACAAGAUCACAGAAUUGUGA